ACUCUUCGUCAUGAGAGGAGACCAAGCCCUGAAGCAAAGAAAUCUGGAUCACAGAAAAACUAUUCAAGGGUCAUGCAAGCCAACUGUAGCCAACUGCACAGCCCUCCAGGAGCUGCAGGCAGUGAGGAUGCCUCAGCUUCCCAAUGUGUUCAUACAAGAUUGACAGGAGAAGGUUCUUGUCUUCAUUCUGGAGAUGUUCAUAUCCAGAUAAACUCCAUACCUAAAGAAUGUGCUGAAAAUCCAAGCUCCAGAAAUAUAAGGUCAAGUGUCCAUAGCUGUACUCAUGGAUGUAUACAUAGUCGCUUACGGAGUCACUCCCACAAUGAAGCAAGGCAGUCUGAUGAUACUGCCACAGAGUCUGGAGAUCAUGGUAGUAGCACUUUCUCAGAAUUCCGAUAUCUCUUCAAGUGGUUGCACAAAAGUCUUCCAUAUAUUUUGAUUCUGGGUGUCAAACUUGUUAUGCAGCAUAUAACAGGAAUUUCUCUUGGAAUUGGGCUGCUUACAACUUUUAUGUAUGCAAACAAAAGCAUUGUAAAUCAGGUUUUUCUAAGAGAAAGGUGCUCCAAGAUUCAGUGUGCUUGGUUACUGGUAUUCUUAGCAGGAUCUUCUGUUCUUUUAUAUUACACUUUUCAUUCUCAGUCACUUUAUUACAGCUUAAUUUUUUUAAAUCCUACUUUGGACCAUUCAAGCUUCUGGGAAGUACUUUGGAUUGUUGGAAUUACAGACUUCAUUCUGAAAUUCCUCUUCAUGGGCUUAAAAUGCCUUAUUUUGUUGAUGCCUUCUUUCAUCAUGCCUUUUAAAUCCAAGGGUUACUGGUAUAUGCUUUUAGAAGAAUUAUGUCAGUAUUACCGAACUUUUGUUCCCAUACCAGUUUGGUUUCGUUACUUUAUAAGCUAUGGGGAGUUUGGUAAUGUGACUAGACGGAGUCUUGGGAUAUUGCUGGCUUUACUCUACCUCAUACUAAAACUUUUGGACUUUUUUGGACAUCUAAGAACUUUCCGACGGGUUUUGCAAAUAUUUUUUACACGACCAAGUUAUGGAGUGGCUGCCAGCAAGAGACAGUGUUCAGAUGUGGAUGAUAUUUGUUCAGUAUGUCAAGCUGAAUUUCAAAAACCAGUUCUGCUCAUCUGUCAGCAUAUAUUUUGUGAAGAAUGCAUUACCUUAUGGUUUAAUCGAGAGAAAACGUGUCCACUGUGCAGAACUGUGAUCUCAGACCAUAUAAACAAAUGGAAAGAUGGAGCCACUUCAUCCCACCUUCAGAUAUACUAAG